CAUUCUUUCCCGUCAUUAUCAAAAUGGCGUCGAUGCGUGCGCGUAUAGUUACAGUGAACUUGUAGAUUACGGCGCCUAACGGAGUUUUCCUAACAUUUGAACGUCUAAAGUAGAAACGUCGGAAAAGGUUUAGUAUGGCUCGUUCUAAAAGGUGAGCUUUAGACUUGUCUAUGUCUACGAAUUGAGGAUGACUCCUGGUCUGAAACGGCGCACGUGCAUCGAUUUCAAUCUGUUUACAGCCUUGCAGACGCGAGGAACUAUAACUGUGAUCGUUGUAUUGUUACAGCCAAAUAAUCUAUGUUAGGAAAUGUUGGGAUAUGAUAAUGGUUUGAACAAGAGUGGAAAAUUUUCAAAUCCACUAUCGAAACACCAUUGAUAACUAACAAAGAUAGAAAAUCUUGAGCUUUUGGGAAUGGACUCUCCCAUCAUUUGCUAUAUAUGAUAUACAGAUAUUCUGGAUUUUCUAAACCCAUAGCAUACAAGUUAGGUUUAAAGGAAUGAAUAUUAUGAUUGAUGAGUAAUUUAGCUUUGUAUCCUUUAUUUUUCUUUCAAAAAAGAUCAAAGAAGCGAGGUAAACGUAAAGUUGAAAGUGAGGAAGUUUAUGACGAGCCGGAUCCCGUAAGUGAAGAUACAGCUGUAUGGUGCAGUAUCAUUUAAUGCUGAGACUACAGAUAAAGUGAUUAUUAUGCUUGGCAUAACGACAGUUCUUUUGUAUGGAUUAUCAGAUUCCUCAACUAUUGAAUUGCAAUCACAACAGGAUGUUUGCAUUAGACUGAUUUUCUUGGUCAAAAAUUUGGUGUAGAAAGCCCUUAUUUUUAAUUUACACUUUUUCAUCAUUUGAUAGAAUGGGAUGUCAUUCACCCUUUGCAUAAAUGGCAGACUCAAUUAGUAUUCUAUUAUACUUAUGUAGACUAUCCAAACUAACCCUGUCAGUAUAUCUAAGGAACAACAAAACAUUGAUUCAAAGAUGAGACAAGUUGGGCUAAUUUACUUGAGUACAAAAGAAUAUCAGUCAGGUCUGCGAUUUAUGUCUACUGCCUAUGGCCUAAUCAGGGACUCCUUUCAGAAAUGAAUCAGCAGGAAAAUUCUCCCUGUUGCCCCAUGUCACAGAACAAAAGAUAAGUAUUGAUUGAUCUAGUAUGCUGCAUUACAUGUAGCCUUAGUUCUACUGUACUUUGUCAACAAUAAUUAUAAAAGAAUAUUGAGAUUUCCUCAAACACUUGUACAUUUCACAGGAAGGAGAUUAUUAUUUUCUUGAUGAUAUUGAUAAAUUUCAUGCUGAGAGGGAGAAGGUGAGUCUCUUGCAUCACACCUAAUUAAUUGUAGUUUGGGCUCCGAAAAGCUUACUUAUGGAAUUGUUUUGUGAUAUGUGCAAAAAAAAAUACUUGUAUUACAUGUACAUAUAUAUAUGUUAUUUGCCGGCUGGGAGGUCCGUAUGGUGAAAAACUGUGACUGAGGUCUUGAAAAUGCUGCCCUUGGCCUACGGCCUCGGGCGGCAUUUUCAAGGCCGAGGUUACAGUUUUUCACCAUACGGACCGACCCUUAGCCGGUAAAUAACAUUUUUUUUUUUUUUUUUAAACUUAAGGAAAUACAUUCUGAAAGAACCCAAAUGAUUUUGGGUUAUAAAUACGGCAAGAUCUUCUAUAAACUGAACAAUUUUUGAGUGAGUAAAUGGUAGUUAAAGUAAAGGUGAUACAAAUUAAAGAGAGAUGCUUCACUGAAACAUUUUCACUUACGUAAUGAUAAAGGUGAUUUAAAAGGCUUCCAAACAAACUUUGAAACAUUCUUUUUACAAGUAUCUGUCACAAUCUGACACCUGUCAAUUAGAGAGCGCGUAAGAAAAAAAAGCGCAAGAAGAUUUGAAAAACAACGGGACUAGUUUGGCAAGGACUGUCACGACAAUGUUUUCUUCAAAAACAAUCAAUGAUAUAACGGAAAGUAUUAUUCACUCUCAUCGACAAUUCAUUCAUGUACGAAGAUUUACCUCUGUUCAUUAAGUAAACGGCGAGGAAAGUAAUUGUGAGUAAAUUCAAAUUUUUUAUUUUGACGUUGUGAGAGUUUGCUCGUUUGUUUGCUGCAACGGCGUGUGUGACUCUGGUCUUUCCUUCACAAAAACUAAAUUUGAACGACACACUCCAACGAGACACAAGGGGAUUUAAUGCAGCCUUUUCUCAAUAAAUUCCUUCAUGUUCUGUUGUGUGAUUUAUGGUCCAAAUGUCCAAAUUGAACGGACUUUGAAAGACUCACUGAGAGCGUAUAUUUAUUGUCGAACUGAAAUUAAAACUUCGCUCGCUCUUUCACUACGAACAAAUUGUUUGAGAAAAUUCAGACAUUAAAUGAAUGAAAGUUCCAUUGUUCAGUUCACCUGUAACCAAAUACCUCACAUUUUAACUUUCUAGGUACUUUUUGUGAACGAUUAAAAUCAAUUGCAGACGGUUUUUAGGCCGCUUGUCAACCAACAUAAUGACACAAUUGCCUAUACAAAUUAAUUCUGAAACCAAUAUUUUUUUGUCAACUAAAGUGAUUUGAGAGAGAGAAAAGAGAGGAUUCAUAAGUCGGCUUGAGGUAGUAACUGAUGUGUUUGCUUAAAAAUACUGCCCAGUGGGCAAAACGAGGUAUAUUUAUGAAAAAUGGCAACGAAAUUUGAGAUGUACAAGGCGACUCACGAAAGCGUUACCGUGGCCCGUGGGCAGAGAUAGGAAAAUACUGACUAGGUAAAGAACCAAUCAGAUUGCAGGAUUCGUUACUGUGCCCUCUAAAAAAAAUAAAUUCAUGUACCAGAUAAGAUGUUUAAAUUAAAAGGUAGAAAAUUAGAAACUAUCAUAAAAUGAGAUGUUUUAAUUAAAAGUUAGAACAUUAGAAACUAUCAUAAUGAUAUUGAACAAUUAAAUUCAAUCUCAUAUAGUAUAUCUUGUUUUUUUUAAGAUUCUUUUAGAUGAUACUGUUGAGGACAAGGAAGAUCUUGAUGAUGAUAAUCAACAGGUACAUGUAAUAAUUUGUUUAAUCCUGAAAUUUUCAAUAGUUGCCCAAUUUGUCGAGAAUUGUCAGAUAUAUACAGCACAUGUAAAAUGUGUGCAGGUACAGCUUAUUUUUAAAAUUAGUAUUAUUAUACAGUAUAUUCCAGUAAAUGUAGAUGAGAAAGUAAUUGAGUCAAGUUAAUGUUGAUUGUUUUCAAAUUCUUGAAAAGUUGACUAAAAGCUACUUUUACUGAACUAUUUUUAAUGUACUUCAAGGAUGAAGAGGUGAUGGCCUUGGAUAUUGGUGAUUCUGAUGAUGAGAGUGAUGACAACAAUGAUGAUGAUGAUGAAAGUGAUAUUGAUACAGAUGAUGUGGAGGAUGACGAAGUUGAUGAGGUACUUUGUACUUUUUAAGUAAAUUUACUCCUUACAUUGUAUUUAAGAGAAUGGUGUAGAGGUGUUGCAGUUACCUUGUAGUUGAGUGGUAAUCAUGCCUUAAGUGUCCAUUAAAUUAUAAAGUCACAGGCAUAGUAUAAAACCAGGGACAUGUCCUUUAGUGAAAGCAAUACUGUUGAACCUAUUUUAAGUGGCAUCAUAUUUAAGCAGUUACCCUGUAUUAGGCAGUCGGUUGUCAAAGUCCCCAAUUUUUUCCUUUCAGUCACUGUAAUUUUCUCCUCUCUUAAGUGGUCACCUCUAUAACUGCAUGAGUCACCUUUACUUAGUCCCAAUGACCUGUUUGUUUUGUCCUCUCCCUGUAUUGAAUGGCCAUGUAAAGCAGAACUAGUUGAAUGAAACUAAGAAGAAUCUUUCCAGAAAAACUUAAUCUAUUUUCACCUCCAAUAGUUGAUAUUAGUAGUAGUUUUGAGAAAGUUUUUGUACAUAAAGUGGUUAGUGGUUAAUUAUGUCAAGAAAUGGAGUUCUUUUUUUAUCAGUUUUUAUAAUACCCCUAUUCUGUGGAAGCUGUAUUAAGUGGUCACCCUGUGGGUGACUGCCUAAUACAGGUUGGACUGUAUUUAUAAUCUUGCAAUUCUUUGUAGGAAGAUGAAGAAGAAAGUGGAAAGGAAGAAGAAGUGGGAAAAGGUGAGCAAAAUAACCUGAAGAUGCUAAUGCUUGCUAUGGAUAAAAACCCAACAAGAUAUAUCAUUACUCUGUUUACAUGUAAGCCACAAGAAAGUACAGAUAAAAUGCUUAAAAUGCAUUUUUUUCAUAGGCAUGCCAAGUCAAAAGUCCUGGGGUAGAAAGAAAUCAGCUUUCUAUGAUGCUGAUAUUGUUGAAGAAUAUUCAGGUGAGUGGUCAUGUUUAAUUCCUUACAGUUGUGCCUCUAUUAUGCUUUAAUUUUUAGACGAGAGAGCUGAUUAGGUAAUAGAUUGAUAGAUCAAAUGCGGUAGAUUAUUACAGGGCAAUUGUAAGUUGACAGUCCAUUAACCCUUUACACCCUAACAUCAGUAUACCUUUUCUCCAUACUGUUCUGUAUACAUUUCCUAUGGUACUGACAAAGAGAAUUUGUUUAACAAUCAAGAGCUUCUUUAGUUUUUGAUCAUUUCCUUAUUCUCAUGACCUCAAUAUUUGUUUUAGGGGGUGAUACUGCUAGGGGGAAAAUUGUUACUUAUCACUCUUAGGGGUGAAAGGGUUAAACUCCAUCCAUGAUUCUUGAUCAGCUCAUUCUUGGAAACUUUAUAGGAUCAAGGUUCAAAAUUAGUUUCAAGUCAUUUUAGGUCAUUUGAGAAAUUACUGGUGGAGAGUUUCAUGAACUGCAGUCAGCUUUGAAAACAGGCUACUGAAACUAGCCCUGUACUUUAUUGCUGAAAAGGAGUGGCUCUUCUAAUGUUUUAAUGCUGUUGCUAUGAUGUUUUUGUCAUUAUUGGUAUUAUGAUCACAAGUAAUAUCAUUAGAAAGGUUGUGGAUAUUCAUAACUUUGGAGAAUUACAAUAGUAGAGAGGCCUUAUUGUUCGACUCACAAUAUGGUCUCUUUCAAUGUGGAUUCUGGCAUUCCAGCUUCAUACAGAUAGUGUCCUCAGGUAAUUAGGCUGACUGUUUAAAACAUUUCACUAUUAUUGUUUUAAUGUGUUGAUCUGUUGUCAUUGAUGUUGGUGUUGACAGGAUCUGAUGAGGAGAUGGAUGAGCUGGCAAAAGAAGAGGAAGAAGAGGCUCUGGCCCUACAGAGACAAAUGGCUGCUUCUUUACAAGAACAAGAUUUUGAUGCUGAAAACUUUGAGGUUUGCUUCAGUAAUAAGUCACCUUAAAUGUAAUUUAGGAUUAUCAACUAUAGGAAGCUGACAUUUCGAGCAUUAGCCCUUCAUCAGAGUGCUUGAAACAUCAGCUUUGAAACUCUUUACAGAAGCCAAUUUACAUUAUCCUGUUACACUCCCCUACUGAUGCAGCACCACAGUUACUUUAAAAACUUACCCCCUUUAAACUUAAAUGUACACUAGGACUCAGCAUCUCUGUACUAUGAGUGGCAAAAAGUCUUUUGAUUUCACAAGUAUCUUACACCAGCUAGGAGCUCAGAAAGAUAAGAUUCAACACUGUAUAGGAGGGUGGGGGGUUUGAUGCAAAAUCCAAUACCAUACAACCAGGUUGAGGAACAAUGAAAUAUGUCAAGAUUUUAGCUACAAAUUGCAGCACAUGUUUCAUACAUACCUGCACAAUCUACUUGUUUCUACAAUGCUACUUUCUCUAGUCAGCUGCAGAAUUAGUAAAGACUGCCACAUCUCAUACUCUGGCAGUGAGAUAUGGCAACUAGUUUCCCUUUUCAAUUAACUUACCUCUUUUUUUUCAUUAUUUUCAGCUUCCACAAACACCUCACCAGAAAGUGAAAGAAGUAGAACUGAAUGAGGUACAGUAUGGGAAUGAACCAUUUAUGUGUACAUGUAGUUACUUAAAGAAGUAACCCCUUCAACCGUAUGCUGCUCUCUUAUUUUAAAACUUUAGAGAAAAUAUAAUGUAUCUUAAAAUGAUUAAUUUUCAGGAGAGGGUUGUUCAAGACCUUACAAAGUUGUCAAAGACUGAAAAGAUUCAGGUAUGUGGAGUGUACAAUGUGUAUCUGCAAAUAAAUUUAUAUCAAACUCAACUCCAUAACAUUGUCCUAAAUUUCCUCAACAGAUUUUGAUCAAAGAUUCUCCAGAACUUCUGGGUCUCUUGGAUGAAUUCAAAGUAAAGGUAAAAACUCUUCAUUUUGUGCUCAUUUCAUUGCCUUCUCUGUUUAAUUGGUUGCGUUUAGCAGGCUACAGACAAACUCCCUCCAUCUCAGCUGGUUUCUUGCCUCCCAAAAUAUGGACUGCCAUCUCAAUGUUUUGAUCCUUUUUCUUUCUCAUGAGCAUCACUUGGUGUUUUAAGGCUUAUCACAAUUCAGUUUCCCACAUAGACACCCUCUCAAUUCUUCAUUUUCAGUAAGCAUUUGAAAAACUUCCAGCUACCCUUUCUAUUAACUGCUUUUAUAAGUUUGCAAAAGGGUAGUUUUUUCCCUCCAUAUACAGUAAAUGAUUCCAACACAGGGAUAAUGAAAAGUUUUCCUUCUUGUUUGGGUGUGUAUUGCCUUUGACGCCUAUUGGAAAAGCAAAAAGAUAUUUCUGUACUUGCUCAUGGUAAUGUGACAACAAAUUUUACACUGGAACAAGCAAUAAAUGGAUGUUUUUAUUUACACUUUUUUUUCCAUCAGCUGAAAGAAGUCAUAGAAAAAGUGUAUCCUCUUGUGAAGAUGGCAAGAGCAGGUCAAGUCCCAAAAGAGGUACAGUAUUGUAGCUACUUGUUAGUGAUUGAAGUCAUUGAAGAUAUCCUUUUUAUGAUUUUUCAUCUUUCUUAUUUUAGGGUGCAGACUAUCUUGAACUGAAACAUCAGCUUUACCUCAAGUAAGUAACUCAAAGAUGUCUUAAUCAACCAUGUGUACACCUUUUUAAGAAAGGUAAUGGCAAUCAUGUUAGACUUCUGGGCUGGUUAUUUGAAAGGCAUCGAGGAAUCAAUAAAAGUAGAAUUUAAACUUGACUUAUGUUUAUCAUGAAGAAAACGACAGGUUGAAAGAUCUAACGUGAAAUAAGUCGUUGUUUGACCUGAAAUAUCAUUCGCGUUUUUACUGAACAGUUAUUGUGUCAACAUUGGGUUCUACUUGCUGCUGAAAGCCAGACAAACUUCUGUAAGGGAUCAUCCGGUGAUUGAACGACUCGUCCAGUACAGAAAGGUGAGAUUGCCGCCAUUGAAAUCUUCCCUACUAUGUAUUCAGUGUAAAUAAAACUUCCAGCUGUGAGAGCAGUAUUCUUUUAAUGAAACUGUGAUGCUUUUAGCGAGAUUUUUCUGAAGUUAUUUGGUCGUUUCACUGCCGCUGAAAUUGUGGAUGUGAUUGAAUCCAUUUGAACUGCAAAAGCUAUGCGAAAUGGUCAAAUGAUUGAUUUUUUUGAAAAGCAGCUGUGACAAAUAGCCAAAAAAGACUGAAUUAGUUGAAUCUGAAUGAAUUGAAACUGGUGAUGUCGAUGUGAUGGUGUAACCAACUGAGUUAUGGAAACGCUGACGCUGACAGUAUUUACAUAUCAUUUAAACUCAUGUACUCCUUUGAUAGAGAGGAACUGAAAUUAUACUUAUGAAUAAAUCGAUACGAACCGAAAAAAUAAUCGAAAAAUUAGAAAUGAUCUUGGAUUGAUGUCCUGAAACUCAUGUAGUGGCGAAAAAUGAGAUUUCACCACGGGGAUCGCUAUAGCAUUUUGUAUCUUUAACUUCUGCCUGUGUUUUCGUUACCACCUUUGCGUAAAUUUUUUCUGAGGAAUGAGUAAUGAUAUGUUUUUGUGUAUACUAAUUAUUUGAGCUAAGACUUGCUUCUUUCAUCUUUUUAAAGCUCAUUACAGAACUUGAACCACUCGAUGAGGGGUUGAAGCCGGAAAUAGAGGAGCUACUUACAAAGAGCCAAAUCUUAUGCCAAAAUGGUAAGAUUUUGUCAAAUGAUCGUUUUGUUUUUUUCAGGGAGUGCGUGGUUUUUAAUUGCUUUCUGUUUGAUCUGUUAGUACUACAAAAGCUGUUUAAGACGCGUUAUAAGUGAAAGAGUGCACGUGUUGCAUUUAAGUUUGAAGGGAUUCGUCUAAUUUCGGACAGUUGUGUCCAAGUUCGGACAGGUGCGUCCAAGUUCGGACAGGUGCGUCCAAGUUCGGACAGGUGCGUCCAAGUUCGGACAGUUGCGUCUAAUUUCGGUCAGUUGCGUCUGAUUUCGGGCAGUCGAGUCUAAUUUUGGACGAUUCCGUGAAAUUUCGUUCGGUCCGGGUUCCAUUUGAUUUUCGGUGCUUCCGCAACUGCAGUCUGGUAUAAUUUAGAAUACUUGCAGUACUACAAUAUUUUUUUUCAUUUAUUUUUGUGGUUUGUUUGAUUUUACUCUUUUAAGAUACUCAAGAGAAGAUUGAUAGCGAAGCAGACAGUAGCCAGGUAAGAAACAUUUCGCACACUUAAAAAUACAAAAUGCAAAGAGAAAAAGGCAGUGCAACUUCUACCAUUGUACCCUUCCACGCACGAGAUAUAAACAUUUUAACCCAUGUAGUCUUAUUCCCAUGCAUGUCUAUCUGUAUUCCCCGAUCAUUAACUUUUUGACUCGUUAGAGUGGCUAGCACCUCAUUUAUCCUCUAAAAAUUACUCCUGAAUCACACAUUAAGGUUAGGAGAAUACAGGAAAUGAUCGCAAUUCAAUAAGCUCCUUAUUGUUUGACAUUUUCCCCUUGUAAGGGUGAAUAAAGUUAACGUUCUAAAUGUGCUAAUGCUCUUUCAGGAACAAUCCAAAACAUCUCAAAAGUCUGUGAAGUUGUCAAGUCUUCUUGAUGAUAGCGAUGACAAUUACAGCGAAGCAGGGGACAGUAAAAGUGAAAACAAAAAGAGGAAAAAAUCGGAGAAAGAUAACGUAUGUAUACUCACUUUUCAGUUGAAAUACGGUGGUCAAUCUACAUUAUUACUUUUGUUUUGGUUCGCACAGGAAGGAAAAUCGAAUAAACUUGCAAAGGGCAUUAAAGGAAAAAGGAAGAUGAAGGAUGAUGUUGAUGAGACAGACCCGUUAGAAUACUAUGAAGCAGUCAAACUACAGAAGAAAAUGAAAAAAGAAGCUGAAAAGGCAGCCUAUUGGUAAGGGGGGAGGGGAGGGGAAACACUCUCUUGCGAGCAUAUUCUUCUCAGCGUUGUAGCAUGUGAAGCGAGGCCUGCAAGAGGUCAGCGGUGGGUCUGGUAAAAAAUUUACAAGACUCCUCACUGGCACAAAUCUUGCGACCGUAACCGCUCGUUACGCAAAAUGGACGUGUAGGUGCUCGAAGGCCGGGAAAUGCCAUCACGCCAGAGUUAUCACGAGCGACAAUGACAUACAGCUGAAUGUAUCUUUCUACAUUUUUUGUUUGUUAAGUUUGAAAAUAGAACUGUGUUGAGGCCUUCACCUGACUGAUUGCGAGGUCCCACGAUUUUGGCUUUGGCUAAUUAGGCUGUGUCCAUGACAGUGUAGGUUUCAGACACAUUGCCUCUCUUUUACAGAGAAGAAAUCGGAGAGGGAAGGAAGGGAAUGGGAAAAACCUGAACGUGGGAAGAGUUAAUUUAAAAUCCUUUUUGCAGAUAACAAAUAUGCUCAACUGACACAACCAACGUGUAAGUUUCACGUUAACAUGCGACGGGAACGUCCUUUGCACUUUAUUUAUCCCACAUUUUUAUUUACUUUGAUUUUAGUUUCACCUCAGAACAGCAUGAUGCUGAAGAGGAAGAGAACGAGGACGGAAAAAGAGGAAUUACUUACGAGGUGAGAACUACAAGACUUACAACCGUUACGAUCGUUUUGCUUUAUGAACCUGUUGACCCUUAUGAUUGACCAGCAUCUAAUUUCGCUUUACAAUAUCACCCCUGAAUCACUCAUUAAGGUUACGAGAGUUAAGAAAAUGAUCAUCAACUAAAGAAGCUCUUGAUUGUUAAACAAAUUCUCCUUGUCAGCACUCUAGGAAAUGUAUAGUGAACAGUAUGGAGAAUAUGCACACUGGUGUUAGGGUGUAAGGGCCGGGUUAUUUGCCAUAAUUUAAUAUAAGUGCAUGUCGUUUCGCCUUAGAUUUCUCAAAAUAAGGGACUUACAGCUAAGAAGAAAAAGGAACUUCGUAAUCCGCGUGUGAAACACAGAAGAAAAUUCUACAAGGCUCAGAUAAAGCGCAAGAGUCAGGUAAGAUCCUUAAGAAUUUUUUUUUUUUUUUUUUUAGUUUAGUACGGUGUCUGGUAUGGAUUUUACCUGAAUUUCUGUUCUCUUUCACUUUCUAUUUUUGCAUUAUUUAACUUGUUUUUCUCGUUCUUGUUACAGGUCCUACCGGUUGUAAACGAGCAGAACCGGUAUGGUGGCGAGGUGACAGGAAUCAGGUCACACCUGACCAGGAGUAUCAAAAUCAAAUGAAAAAUUAUGGGUUAUUUUAAUUCCUCAAUACACUUUCUCCUUACGUAGUUAAUGGUUUUAACCCAGGAGUAAAGGAAGAUCAGAUCAAACCAUCAAGCUUUCCACCCAGAGUAGAACAUUUCGCUUGUAGAAAGCUUUUGUUUGCCGUUAAUUUGAAUCCUUCUUUGUCUGAAGUUAUAUUUCAAUUGAAAUAACAGAUUUUAAAAGAGAAGCCAUUAUUAUUGUCAAAAGGGAGUGUAUAUUUAUUUUUAUUUCUCCCAUCUGUACACCUGUGCUCUGUACUUGACGUGAAAGUAGCAGGGAAUGAUCACUUCUGAACACUUCUUAAACUUAAACAAAAAUUCUAAAAAGAAGACAAAAGGAAGUAAGCUUGUUUAACCAACUGGUGGUGACACCCCAAAAUAUGUAUAAAAGACUCAGAAAGAUGAGCACGCUGUAAGUUCACUCUUGGUACAGUUCGUGCUACGUAGCACAAGGAAAUACAUAAACUGGCUGAC